AUGACCUCCCUCCUCCGGCAGCUCGUCGCCGGGCCCCGCGUCAAACACCAAGACACGGGGCUGGACCUGUGCUAUGUGACCAAGAAGAUAAUCGCGACAUCAGGACCGAGUCAGACGUACCCCCAGCUAGCCUACCGCAACCCCCUCGACCGAUUAGUUUCCUUUCUUGACGCCCGCCACGGGAAGGAGUGGAUGAUUUGGGAGUUUCGGGCCGAGGGGACUGGGUACCCAGACGAGGCGGUCUACGGACGGGUGAAGCAUUACCCUUGGCCGGAUCAUCACCCGCCGCCGUUUUGUGUGGUGCCUGUGGUGAUAGGGGGGAUGAGGAUUUGGUUGAAUCCUGCUACGGAAGGGGAGGAUUUGGAGGAAGUUAUAAAGAAGAGGGUGGUGGUUGUGCACUGCAAGGCUGGCAAGGGGAGGUCAGGGACGAUGGCGUGUAGUUAUCUUAUUGCGGAGGAGGGUUGGACGGUGGAGGAUGCGCUGAGACGGUUUACGGACCGGAGGAUGAGGGUUGGGUUUGGGGAGGGGGUGAGUAUUCCUAGCCAGUUGAGGUGGGUUGGGUAUGUGGAUCGGUGGGCGAAUAGAGGGGGGAAGGUGUAUAAGGAUGGGCCGGUGGAGAUACUGGAGGUGCAUGUUUGGGGGUUGAGGAACGGGGUCAAGGUCGAGGUGGAGGGGUAUGUGGAGGAGGGGAAGAAGAUUCGGUGUUUUCAUACUUUUACGAAGGAGGAGAGGGUGGUGGUUGAGGGGGGUGCGCCGGGGGGUGGGGGGUUGAAGGAUUUUAUGUGGGAUAUGUAUGGCGGGGUGAAGCAGGAGGAGGGGGCGGAGGAGGGAGUCAAGAUGGGGGUGGUGGGGGAUGGUGAUGGGAGGAGUUUGUCGAGGAGUUCGUCCAAGAAAUUGAAGGAGGGGCUGAAGAAGAAGUUAUCUGUCAGGAAAAAGGACACAUCAGCGGCAUCUUCGACGACCAGUCUUGACAAGUUGGCGACGGGCGCGUCGCAGAAGCAGAAGAGCAAGACGAUUGCUCUCCAGCCUGAGGGGGCUGCUGCAAAGGCGGAUGGUGACCAGACCUCACUUCCGGCCAAGACAGAGUCACGGUCACAGUCGACAACCAGUCUACAGAAUGCAGGCACCUUCUCGUUUGCUGAUCCGUCAGAACCGGGCGGGCAAGCAGUCAUCUUUAAGCCUGCAAAACCGAUCCGGAUACCAAACAGCGACGUCAACAUCUCGGUCGAGCGAAGAAACAAGGCACCGGGGAGCAUUGGGUUAACCAUGGUCACGGCUGUCGCCCAUGUCUGGUUCAACACAUUCUUCGAGGGCAACGGUCCCGAGCAAGGCGGUAAACCGGACGAUAGCGGAGUCUUCACGAUUGACUGGGACAAGAUGGACGGCAUCAAGGGCUCAAGUCAGCGCGGAACAAGAGCUUGCGACAAGAUUUCUGUUGUCUGGAGGACUGCGGCCGUCAGCGAUAUUGGAGAGGGUGGUGAAGCGCCAGGAGUAGUUAUUCAUGAGCCUGGAGAGGGCAGCCCUGUGCCGGAAAUGAAGGCAGCGGACUGGAAGGGUGACGGAACGGAGAACCCGACUGCUCAAAAGACACUUGGGUUGCGGGUGGAGGAUCCCGAGAGUGCGAGUGUUAGUAAGGCUAGCAGUGUCAAGAGCCAGGAGUAUGCGAUUGCACCUUCCAAUGACAGUAGUGAGAUGGCUAAAGUGGAAGAGGAGGAUGAAGACUUGAAGGGGGUCAAGGUUAGCGGUCCCGCCGGGGAGGAGGUGCUGGAUGGGGUUGCGGGUGGAGAUGGUGAGCCACCGAAGAAGGAGAAGGCUGAUGAGACGGCCAAGAGGGGGUUCAUUAUUGAGUGA